ACACCCCCGGGGAGUGGGUAGGAGGGUGUGAUGUGGUGGUUUGGAUGAUGAUGCCUCACGAAGAGAUCCGGUGGAAGAAGGUGUCACUAAUAUGUUAAUCGGUUGUGUCACCCGUCAUCUCGUGGAUUACUCUCUGUAUGUGUGUGCGUGUGUGUGUGUGUGUGUGCGUGUCAGCGUGUACAUAUACGUGUGUGCUUGCCCUCUGUGUGUGCGUGUGUAUGUGUUGGUAGAUUGCUCGUACGUGUCUUGACCCCUUCUAGUGGCCGGAGCUCCCGUAAAGCGAGCAAAGCGCAAAAUUGGAAAUCAAAUCUUUGCAAAAUUGCUCCACGACUGUGUGCGUGCGUGUGUGCGUGUUGGUAUGCUGUGCUGUGUCGCAUGGUGUGCUACGAUUGACAAAUACGUCAACAAAAACCGAUCCUCCAAGCCGCGGCGAGUGUCGGUUACCAGCCGUCGUGAAACCGACCUCAACAACAACGACAGGAGGGAGGAAGGGGGGAGGAGCGCGGGUUGGGGGGUGUCAUUGGGUGAUUGGCGUGAUUUGACACCAUCUUCCCUCCUCCCCACCAUCGGACCCCCCAAAAAUCCACACUCCACCACCGCGUGUGUGUGUGUGUGUGUGUGUGUGUCGCGUGUGAAAAAGGGUCGUGCGUGCAAGUCAGUCAACCAGCCAGCCAGCGUGUGUGUGUGUGUGCGGAAAGGGGUGUGUGGGUGGUUGCUUUUGUUGUUGUUAUUUUUCUCCUCGCCGCGUGCGCGCCUCCAUCGUCGCGCACGCCGCCGCCGCCGGCCUUUUACAUGAAAAAUGGAUAGGUUCAUUGACACGGCUGGCUCGCCAACGACACACUACCGCGCGCGCACACACACCCGAGAGUAUGAGUGAGUGAGUGAGCGUGCUGCUGCUGGUGAGAGGAUCGAACGAGACAGAGCGAAAGAGAGAGCGAGAGAGAGAGAGUGAUUCUAGAGUGUGAGAGAAGCGUCCUGUUUUCGGAGUUGUGAGAAGAAAAGGGUGGCAACGCAUAUGUGACCGUGCAUCACCCACCCAUCGCCUUUGGAGCAGCAGCAGCAGCAGCUCCAAAGGUCCCCAAGUUGCGGGCCCGACCGUAAAACAGACCGUGCGGCCAGUGCCGGCUGUCGGAGCAUUGAGAUAAAGUGCGACAAAUGAUCUGCGAGCGAGCGAGACCGUCCCUCAAUACGCGAGAUCAAUAGAGUGAGAGAGGCAGAGAGGACAGCGAGAGAGAGAGAGAACAAAAAAGGGGAGCUUCGUUCGUUUGGGGUUUUGAGUGGGGGAUGGUUACUUAGAUUAGUCGAAAUGUCAACACACAAUCACAUUACCUCGAUCUGACGUUUAACACACGGUUGACAGCGAAUCUAGUAGGCCCCCCCCCCUCUGCUGGAGGUGCGGUUGCGGGAGAUGCGGUUCACUCCAGUCCCUACCGUCCACCGCCUGUUAUCAGCGGGCAUCCAAAGUGGUCACUACCACCGUGCGGACUCACACACAAACGCCUCCAUAUGCGAGGGGCAAGCUCUGAUAAGCAAGUUGUUGCAGGUUGUUGUAUUGUGGUCGCUUCUGCCGACGCUCCUGCCUCGAGCGGUUUUGAACGUCAAACGGUUAACCUUUUUGAGACGCCUGGGGCCCGGAACACGGCAUUGAUAUUGGUUAGUUGAGGUAUCCGCGAUGCUUAUCACUCGCUGGCGCGCUGCGGUUAGUAGAUAGCGAUCGUGGUGCAAGGUAAGAAGGGCGACGAACACGCUCGAAGGGCCUACUAUGCCUUUCGCUACGCUUAGUAACCUCUGACAGCUAACGCAUGGUAACGCUCGUUACGCGCUGUGUUACGCUGACACUUUCCCUUAGCGGAAAAGUGUAAACAAACGUGACGUGGUUUAUUCUUGGAGGAUUUUUGGCUUUUGGCAAAGUCGAGUCGAGAUUUGCAAAGUCACCCCACACUUUCACCACACACCCUCUCACACCCUCUUGUAUCAUUCAGAAAAGGAUGAUGCCCACGCCACGGUGUCAAUGAACUCACGCAGUCGUGUGCCGCAACGUACGAAUGUGUCCCAACUCCCAAGGGGGUGUGGGUGGGUAGGUGAGGAGGCCACUCCACCGGUACCGGGUACCAUCAUCAUCUGCCCCACUCGAUCACUAUUUGUCUCUCUCUCUCUCUUUCUCUCUCUUCUUUUUUUUUCUCUCUCUCCCUCUCUCUGUUGGUUGAUCUUUUUUCUUCCUCUCGGUUUCUCGUCCAAACCGCAUCCUCAACGCCACCACCACCAACCGAUCACCUACCUGCGCGGACCUCUGGAUUGACCGUUGUUUGGAGACAGUUGUGUGUGUGACGUUCCGAAUCCAAGUGUCAAACUGGCGUUAACGUGCAACUUAUAAGGAUCACACAUUAGUUCCCGAUCCUCCCGAGCAACAGCAACAAUCGAUCGAAACGAAAGAGAGAAGAAGAAGUGCGUGUAAGGUCACGUGAUACUGUGUGGCAAGUGAUCUGGGUUUCUUGUGCCG